CUUCCUUCCCCGAGCCCCUAUCCCCCGGUUCUUUCCCGAGGGGCUCCCGGGUCGGGCACCAUUGCUGCAGUAUUAGUUACUGGCAGUAACAUCGGCGAUCCCCAUAAAUAUGCAGGAGCUGCAGAAGGCAAAGUAGAGUAGACGCCCUAGCUCUCGCACCAGGCGGGCUGUGUAGACACCUCGCCCCCCGCGUCACCUUCUCCCCCUUCUUCGCGGGCCGUUCGGGUUUCCAGUUGUGCCGGCUCCGGAGACCCUCCCGCCCUAGUGCCCUCGCCCGCUCUCCCGCGCUCUCCUCUCCCCGCCCCGUAGCGCGCACCCACCCAGGCGACAAAGUUGUGACUACUUGAGCGCGGGUGGUUCGCGCCCCGUUCGCUCCGCGCCUCGCGCCGACAACUUCCCCGGGCUCGGCCCCACCGCGCCCGGGCCCGCGCCUCCGGGGAUCUCGCGGGCCCCCAGCCUCCAGACCCGGCCGCGCGCGGUGCAGCGCUUCGGCGGCGGCGGCAGCGGCGACAGUCGUGGCGGCAGCAAAGGCAGCGGCGGCAGCAACCGCUGCAGCCCCACACCCAGCCGUCAAACUGGAGGAGCGACGGAAGCCGGACCCCAGGAGGAUGGAGGAUGAAGCUGUCUUGGACAGAGGGGCUUCCUUUCUUAAGCAUGUGUGUGAUGAAGAAGAAGUAGAAGGCCACCACACCAUCUACAUCGGGGUCCAUGUACCGAAGAGCUAUAGGAGAAGGAGACGUCACAAGAGAAAGACAGGGCACAAAGAAAAGAAGGAAAAGGAGAGAAUCUCUGAAAACUACUCUGACAAAUCAGAUGUGGAAAAUGCUGAUGAAUCGAGCAGCAGCAUCCUAAAGCCUCUCAUCUCUCCUGCCGCAGAACGCAUCCGAUUCAUUUUGGGAGAAGAGGAUGACAGCCCAGCACCCCCUCAGCUCUUCACUGAACUGGAUGAGCUGCUGGCUGUGGAUGGGCAGGAGAUGGAGUGGAAGGAGACAGCAAGGUGGAUUAAGUUUGAAGAAAAAGUCGAACAGGGUGGGGAGAGAUGGAGCAAGCCUCAUGUGGCCACGUUGUCCCUUCACAGUUUAUUUGAGCUGAGAACAUGUAUGGAGAAAGGAUCCAUCAUGCUUGACAGGGAGGCUGCUUCUCUCCCCCAGUUGGUGGAGAUGAUUGUUGAACAUCAGAUUGAGACAGGACUAUUGAAACCUGACCUUAAGGAUAAGGUGACCUAUACUUUGCUCAGGAAACACCGGCAUCAAACCAAGAAAUCCAACCUUCGCUCGUUGGCUGACAUUGGGAAGACCGUCUCCAGUGCAAGUAGGCUGUUUACCAACCCUGAUAAUGGUAGCCCAGCCAUGACCCAUAGGAAUCUGACUUCCUCCAGUCUGAAUGACAUUUCUGAUAAACCAGAGAAGGACCAGUUGAAGAAUAAGUUCAUGAAAAAACUGCCACGUGAUGCAGAAGCUUCAAAUGUGCUUGUUGGAGAGGUUGGCUUCUUGGACACUCCUUUCAUUGCCUUUGUUCGUCUGCAGCAGGCUGUCAUGCUGGGUGCCCUGACUGAGGUCCCUGUGCCCACAAGGUUCUUGUUCAUUCUCUUAGGUCCUAAGGGGAAAGCCAAGUCCUACCAUGAGAUUGGCAGAGCCAUUGCCACCUUGAUGUCUGAUGAGGUGUUCCAUGACAUUGCUUAUAAAGCAAAAGACAGGCAGGACCUGAUUGCUGGCAUUGAUGAGUUCCUUGAUGAAGUAAUUGUCCUUCCACCUGGGGAAUGGGAUCCAACCAUCAGGAUAGAGCCUCCCAAGAGUCUUCCAUCAUCUGACAAAAGAAAGAAUAUGUACUCAGGUGGAGAGAAUGUUCAGAUGAAUGGAGACACACCUCAUGAUGGAGGCCAUGGAGGAGGAGGACAUGGGGAUUGUGAAGAAUUGCAGCGAACUGGACGGUUCUGUGGUGGACUAAUUAAGGACCUAAAGAGGAAAGCACCAUUUUUUGCCAGUGAUUUUUAUGAUGCUUUAAAUAUUCAAGCUCUUUCAGCAAUUCUCUUCAUUUAUCUGGCAACUGUAACUAAUGCUAUCACUUUUGGAGGACUGCUUGGGGAUGCCACUGACAACAUGCAGGGCGUGUUGGAGAGUUUCCUGGGUACCGCUGUCUCUGGAGCCGUCUUUUGCCUUUUUGCCGGUCAACCACUCACUAUUUUGAGCAGCACAGGACCUGUUCUAGUUUUCGAGAGGCUUCUAUUUAAUUUCAGCAAGGACCAUAAUUUUGACUAUUUAGAGUUUCGCCUUUGGAUUGGCCUGUGGUCAGCCUUCCUGUGUCUCAUUUUGGUGGCCACUGAUGCCAGUUUCUUGGUUCAGUACUUUACUCGCUUCACGGAAGAGGGCUUCUCUUCUCUGAUAAGCUUCAUCUUUAUCUACGAUGCUUUCAAGAAAAUGAUUCAUCUAGCAGAUCACUACCCCAUCAACUCCAACUUCAAAGUGGGCUACAACACUCACUUUUCCUGUGCCUGUGUGGCACCCAACCCAGUUAAUGUCUCAAUAUCUAAUGAUACCACACUGGCCCUGGAAGAUUUACCAACUAUUUCUUCUGCUUACGUGUACCAUAAUGCUACCUUUGACUGGGCAUUUUUGUCGACGAAGGAGUGUUCGAAAUAUGGAGGGAAGCUUGUGGGGAACAACUGUAAUUUUGUUCCUGAUAUCACGCUCAUGUCUUUCAUCCUCUUCUUGGGCACUUACACCUCCUCCAUGGCUCUGAAGAAAUUCAAAACCAGUCGUUAUUUUCCAACCACAGCAAGAAAACUUAUCAGUGACUUUGCCAUUAUCUUGUCCAUUCUCAUCUUUUGUGUAAUAGAUGCCCUGGUAGGUGUGGAUACUCCAAAACUAAUUGUGCCAAGUGAGUUCAAGCCAACAAGUCCAAACCGAGGUUGGUUUGUUCCACCAUUUGGAGGAAACCCCUGGUGGGUGUACCUUGCAGCUGCUAUCCCUGCUUUGUUGGUCACCAUUCUGAUUUUCAUGGACCAGCAAAUCACAGCUGUGAUUGUAAACAGGAAAGAGCAUAAACUCAAGAAAGGAGCUGGGUAUCACCUGGAUCUCUUUUGGGUGGCCAUCCUCAUGGUGGUGUGCUCCUUCAUGGCUCUUCCAUGGUAUGUGGCCGCUACUGUCAUCUCCAUAGCUCACAUUGACAGUUUGAAGAUGGAGACAGAGACUUCUGCACCUGGAGAACAACCAAAGUUUCUCGGCGUGAGGGAACAAAGAGUCACUGGAACCCUUGUGUUUAUUCUGACUGGUCUGUCAGUCUUUAUGGCUCCCAUCUUGAAGUUUAUUCCUAUGCCUGUGCUCUAUGGUGUGUUCCUGUAUAUGGGAGUCGCAUCCCUUAAUGGUGUGCAGUUCAUGGACCGUCUGAAGCUGCUUCUGAUGCCCCUGAAGCAUCAGCCUGACUUCAUCUACCUGCGUCACGUCCCCCUGCGCAGAGUACACCUGUUCACUUUCCUGCAGAUGGUGUGUCUGGCACUGCUCUGGAUCCUCAAGUCAACUGUGGCUGCUAUCAUUUUUCCAGUCAUGAUCUUGGCACUUGUAGCUGUCAGAAAAGGCAUGGACUACCUCUUCUCCCAGCAUGACCUCAGCUUCCUUGAUGAUGUCAUUCCAGAAAAGGACAAGAAAAAGAAGGAGGAUGAGAAGAAAAAGAAGAAAAAGAAAGGAAGUCUGGACAGUGACAAUGAUGAUUCUGACUGCCCAUACUCAGAAAAAGUUCCAAGUAUUAAAAUUCCAAUGGACAUCAUGGAACAGCAGCCUUUCCUAAGUGAUAGCAAACCUUCCGACAGAGAAAGAUCAUCAACAUUCCUUGAACGCCACACAUCAUGCUGAUAAAAUUCCUUUCCUUCAGUCACUCAGUAUAUACCAAGUCAUCCUAGAACUCCAGUAAAAGUUGUGCCUCAAAUUAGAAUAGAACUUGAGCCUGAAGACAAUGAUUAUUUCUGGAGGAGCAAGGGAACAGAAACUACAUUAUAACCUGUUUGUCUUUCUUAAAACUGACAGUUUUUGUUAUUAAUGUUCCUGUUUUUGUCUGGUUAUUUGUUUAUUUUAUAAUUUGUAUUUUGUUAAGUUUUUGGUCACUGGCCAAAUUAUAUAGCACUCUCUUUGCUUCUCUCUUGCAUAGGUAAAAUCAAGACAAUAGUGUACUGUACCUUAAAAAAUAACAUCUGCAGAAUCCCCCAUGUUCUUAUACUUUCAGAUGUGUCCUCUGACAAUCAUAUUCCUCUGUCACUGAAGACACUCACAGAUCCUGUCCUUUUCCUUUUUUAAGUGGAGGGCAAAAGUAUUAAGGAUUUUGUAACACCUUUUAUUAAAACACUGAAGGGACUUAGAACUUUAGCUUUGGAGCUGUGCUUACUGGCUUGUCUUUCUGUCAGGUAGAACAAACCUUGACCUCCAGACAGAUUUCUUUCUUGCUUACAGAGCUCUCCAGGACUGGAAAAAGUGCUGCUAUUCUAACUUGCUCCUGCUUAUAAGCCCAAAUCUUAGAGUAAUCAAAAGAAGAAACACUAAAGGUACUUUACUCCCUGUAGAAAACUAUUGCCAUCAUUGUAGCAAGUGCUGGAAUGUCCCUUUUUCCUAUGCAACUUUUUUUAACCCUUUAAUGAACUUAUCUGUUGAGUACAUUGAAGAAUAUUUUUCUUCCUAGAUUUUGUUGUUUAAAUUAUGGGGCCUAACCUGCAACUUAUUUUUUGUCAAUUUUUUAAACUUUUUUUUAAUUACUGUAAAGAAAAUGAAUUUUUUCCUGCAGCAGGAAACAUAGUUUUGAGUAGUUCUACCUCUUAUUUGUAGCUGCCAGGCUUUCUGUAAAAAUUGUAUUGUAUAUAAUGUGAUUUUUACACACACACACAAACACACAAUCUCUAGGGUAAGCCAGAGGCCUAGAUCAUAUUAAAAACACCAUGUUUCUAA